UCAUGAUGAUUACAGUGUGUGUGUGUGAGCAGCUGCAGCAGCAGCAGCAGCGCUAUAGUGCAUGUGACCCUUCACCCACUUCCAGCACAGCGAGUUCUCACGCUUCUCAGCACUAUAUAAGGCUGAAAUAACCGCGGCUGCAUUAUCCACUUCUUCACGACUAGCAGCAGCUACUCACAGAUCAAGAUGUUGUCCUAUCUUACUCGCUGGGUGUCCAGAGGUGCUUUCCAGGCACUGAAAGGGACAGGCAGUCGUCCUCAACUGGUCAAGACGCCUCAUAUUGGGAAUCAGACACUGGCAGCAGCUCCUCUGCCCUUCACUGGGGGAAGUCCAGGAGUGAGGCAGGCCCGGGCACUGGAUCAGGAGAGACUGCUGCAGAUUGAUUGGGAUGAUGGGAGUUGUAGCUUGUAUCCGUUCACCUGGCUGAGGGAUAACUGCCAGUGUCCUCUCUGCACGCUGCAGUCAGCUCAAGCACGCAAACUGCUCCUGUCAGAUCUGGACGUGCACACCGGAAUGGACCAAGUACAGCUGAUGGACAAUAAGGUAUCCAUAACCUGGCCUGAUCAACACAGUAGUGAUUUUGAUCCUGACUGGCUGAAGAAAAGGUGUUUUUCCUCUGAGGCGAGACAGGCUCUGCAAGAGGAUCUCUUCCUUAAUGAGCGUGAGUAUUGGGAUUCUGGUCUGCAGAUCCCCACAGCAGACUUCGAGGAGGUUCUACAUGAUGACAAGGCUGCACUCGCCUGGCUAGAGGCUCUGCGGCGCAUUGGCAUCGUCUACCUGAGGGGGGCGCCAGCGGAGCAGGGCCAGGUGGCCAGACUGAGCCAGAGAAUUGGCUAUCUCCGUCUCACCUUUUAUGGACACACGUGGCAAGUGCAGGACAAGCCCAUGGCGAACAAUGUUGCGUACACUUCUGGAAGACUGAGCCUGCACACAGAUUACCCUGCUCUGCACCAUCCACCUGGGGUACAGUUCCUGCAUUGCGUCCGUCAGGCUGAACAGGGUGGUGAGAGUGAAGUGGUUGAUGGGUUUCACAUGGCGGAGCAGCUCCGGAGGGAGGAUCCUGAGGCGUUUAACAUCCUCUCCUCUCUCAGGGUCGAUUUCACAGACAGCGGUUCUGACUACUGUGACUUCAGCGUGCAGUCCAAAAACCACAUUAUAGAUGUGGACUCUGAGGGUCGCGUUGUGAGGAUCAACUAUAACAACGCCACACGAGACUCGGUGCUGGAUCUGCCUCUGCAUCAGGUUCAGCUUUUCUACUCGUCUCUAAAGGCUUUUGUGGAGCUGCUCAGCAGGCCUGAGAAUGUGUUCACUUACAGAAUGGAACCAGGUGACUUGGUGACCUUUGAUAACUGGCGUCUACUUCACGGCCGAAAGAGCUACCUGUCACGAGGUCAGAUCUCAAGACAUCUAGAAGGAGCGUAUCUGGACUGGGAUGAGGUCAUGUCCCGUCUCAGGAUCCUCCGGAAGUCUGUCUGUGGAGACAGAUAGACAUGUCUCUUCAUCCUCCUCACUACAGUGACAGUCAUGAUAGGAAGCAAAGUUGAUUUCUGAUCUGUCCUCUGGUGUUGCCAUAUUAACUUUAAAAACAACUCAAGAAAGCUUCGGAUUCUAGGGAUAAUUUCUGUUGGGCAUUUCAGUUUUGGCAAGUAGAUAUUUGUUCUUCUGUAGUUACAGUGGGAUAUUUCACCCAAAAAUGAAAAUGAUCAUGUGUCGGGUCAGUGGUUUUACUCUUCCGCCGCAAAUCGAUGUGUGCGUCAUCUCCCGGAAGCUAGUUAUUAUAGUUAAUAAAGUUAAAGUUUUCUUACAAAAACCCGUCGCUUCGCUUCAGAAGCCCUUUAUUAACCCCCUGGAACCGUUUGAAUUAUUUAUAUGAUGGAUGGAUGCAUUUUUUUUGGCUUCAAAAUGUGCCAUUAUAAAGUGUUUAGGAGCAAGGAUAUUUUUAAAUAUAUCUCUGAUUGUGCUCGUCUGAAAGAUAAUAAUCAUAUACACCAAGAAUGGCUUGAGGGUGAUUAAAUCAUGAGAUAAUUUUUAUUUUUGGGUGAACUAACCCUUUAGUAUAUUCUUUUAUUGUGGCCUUUUACUGAGUGGCUCUUUGAGUCUUCUGCACCUUCUUGCACUUGCAGUAUUUAGAAAGUACAGUCAUUUUUUUUGUUUUUUGUUUUUUUUUUGGCUUGACUUGAGACAAUUUUUCCAGUGGUGAUUUAAACUUAUUUUGAGUCUUAUUAUAUCAAUUACCAAAAGUGACAGUGAAAUUUUACUAAAUAUUUACCUUCUGUGUGGACAAGUAAGGGAGUAAGCCUGAGAUAGCACACUUUGAGGUUUAGUUUGAUUUCACAUAUGGUGUCAACAGAGCUAAAAAAAAAAGUUAAGUUUUAGCCAACCUCUGAUUGUCUUAUAGGGAUUGUUCUAACGGUCAGUACUUUUCCAUUUUCUCUGUAUAAAUAUUGUUCUAACACUAUCAUACCAUCAUGGAUUAUGGUACUGUUUAAAUGCAGUAAUUUUGCACUUAAUUUUAGUGUGGAUUAACGAACCAUUCAAUUUAUAUUUACCUGUAUUGUAAAUAGUAGUUUGGACAAUGAUGGGACAUUGACCUUUGCUGAAAGUAAAAAGUUUUCAUGUGGCACAAAAAUAUUUAUAAAGCUGAUGUCCAAAAUAAAGUAUCACUGUUUUGAUAUAUGGAGACUGGAUAUUUCAUUAAAUUAUGGUCAGUACUUGUAUACUGAUUGUCAUGUGCAGUAGACAUUAAGCUCUUUGAUACUUUGAUAUAUGACAUUUUUAAAGAAAACUGGCCAAUUUGUAUAAAUGCAGUAACAAUGCAAAUAUAGCUCAUGCAGCUAUUUAUACUUGUAAUGUUUUGGCAACUCUGACAGAUUUUUCUUUUCAAGAUGACAAUAAAAGACAUUUGUAAUAUA